GCAGCACAGGAUGUUCUUUGGAGGCGGAGGCUUCCCUUUUGGGGACAUCCCAGGCAUGGGAGGGCCUGGGGGCCCCAGGACGCGGGGCGCCAGCGGCCCGGUGAACAAUAAGCGCUACUACGAGAUCCUGGGGGUGGCACAGGAGGCCACAGAUGUUGAAAUCAAGAAGGCCCACAGGAAGGCGGCCCUCAAAUACCACCCAGACAAAGGCGGCGAUGAGGAGAAGUUCAAAGAGGUCAACGAGGCCUUUGACGUGCUGCGUGACCCGGAGAAGCGCAAAAUCUACGACCAGUUUGGAGAGGAGGCGGUGAAGGAGGGGAUGGGCGGCGGCGGCGGCGGCGGCCCCGCAGACAUCUUCGACCUCUUUGGCAUGGGCGGCGGCUCGCGGCGCGGCGCCCCGCGGGAGCGGCGCAGCGAGGACGUCGUGCACAAGAUGAAGGUGGGGCUGGACGAGAUGUACAAGGGCAGCGUGCGCAAGCUGCAGAUGACCCGCAGCGUCAAGUGCGCCUCGUGCAGCGGCAGCGGCAGCAAGAGCGGCAAGCGGUACACGUGCGAGACCUGCCACGGCAGCGGCGUAGAGAUGAAGCUGCGGGCGCUGGGCCCGGGUAUGGUGCAGCAGAUCCAGCAGCGCUGCUCGCGCUGCGGCGGCGGCGGCUACGCCUGCCCGCCCGCCGACAAGUGCGGGCAGUGCGACGGCAAGGGGCUGGCGCCGGAGAAGAAGGUGUUUGAGGUGCACAUCGAGCCCGGCCACCGCCACGGCAGCAAGGUGGUGUUCCGCGGCGAGGCGGGCAGCGACUCCCCCGACGUGCUGCCGGGCGACCUCAUCUUCAUCCUGGAGCAGAAGGAGCACGGCGGCUUCAAGCGCAUCGGCACCGACCUGUUCUUCGAGAAGUCGGUCAGCCUGUUGGACGCGCUGUGCGGCGCCCACUUCCACCUCCCCCACCUGGACGAGCGUGUGCUAGAGGUGGCCAGUACCGGCGUGAUCAAGCCUGACAGCUGGGCCUGCAUCAGGGGCGAGGGCAUGCCCAUCCACGGCCGGCCGUUUGAUAAGGGCAACCUCUACGUCCACUUCACAGUUGAGUUCCCCGAUGAGGUGACCCCCAAGCAGGCAGCAGCGCUCAAGGCAGCAUUCGGCGGGCCCACGCCCAACGGCGCGGCGCCGAUGGCAGAGGUGGAGGAGGUGCGGCUGCUGCCUGUGACCGACAUAGAGCAGGAGAUCAAGGCACGGAGGGAGCACGAGCGCCGCACCGGCGCGGAAACGUACGACAGCGACAGUGAUGACGAGAUGCGGGGCGGUCAGCAGCGCGUGUCGUGCGCGCAGCAGUGAGCGGCCACCUCGUGGCAGGCAGCUUGCACCAGCCCUGCCCCUUCACCCCAGCCUCUACCAGCCAUAGGCUGGGAGGCCCCUGUUCUUGCGAAGAGAAUUACCUACCGGCCGUGCUGCGGGCAGCGCCCAUGCUCAGGCGCCCGCCAGCCGCACAGCGCCCGCCUGCCAGCACUUGCUGCGCGCCC